AUGGUUUGGAACUCCAAUAUUCUUGAGCUCUAUUGCUUAAAAGAACUAGUAUCCCAAAACUCCAUAGACGAACGCUUGAUUCGUCAGUACAAAGCGAUUUUAAGCAAAUAUAUUAAUGGACAUUAUUCUCUUGAGCAAUGCAAAGAAUUAGUUAUGAAACUCGAUCUUAGCCUCAAUCCCCUGUUGUUAUGUCUGGAAAUUCUUGCAACAGACAGAGAUGAUGUUCCGGUAUUUACAUGUAAGAAAGAAGAGAAAACAUACUCCAAAAAGAGGUUCGUCUGUACGUGGAGCGACUAUGAAGAUAAAAGGUUAGUAAUGGCAGUUCAUAAGUAUGGUACAAAAGACUAUGAACUCGUUGCAAAAUAUGUUGGCAAUAAUAGGACAAAAUCACAGUGUUCACAGAGAUGGGAGAGGACUUUGAAUCCCUGUAUUGAUAAAUCCGCUUGGACCGAAGAAGAGGAAGAAAUCCUUGUCAAAGCAGUAGAAAAGUAUGGUACAAAAGCAUGGACAAGCAUAGCAAAUUGUCUUCAAACCAGAACGGAUGUCCAGUGCCGCUAUCACUAUAAACAUGUGCUUAAUGGAAACACUCCAAAAGCCCUCAAAUUAAGAAACGCAAAGGAGCAGGCAAAAAGAGCUCAGUAUUGGAAUAAUGAUGAUGAAUUCUUUGACCUGAUUGAUAAAGUCCUUGUCGAAUCUCGGGACUUUAUUUUACCAAAGUAA